AUGUUAACAACUGGUGCUAUUGAUGCAUGUGCUUAUUUAACAUCACCUGAUGUUGUUACAGAAGCAUUCAUAAGUGGUGUAACAACAAUGUGUGGUGGUGGUGGAACAGGAAUGAAUGGUAGUGUAACAAUGUCAACAUAUGGUCCAAAUCAUAUUAAAUAUAUGAUACAAUCAACAGAUGAUUAUCCAAUAAAUUUUGGUUUUUAUGGUAAAGAUAAUACAUCAAAAACAGAAGGUUUAUCAAAAGAACUUGCAGAUCAAAUUGUAGCUGGUGCAAUUGGUUUACGAUUAGAUGAACGUUGGGAUGCAACACCAUCUACUAUUGAUAUUUGUUUACGUGUUGCUGAAUAUCAUGAUAUUAGUGUUCAUGCUGAUUUAGAUAGUUUACGUGAAGCUUAUAGUGCACCAGAUGCUAUUCCAAUGUUUCGUGAUUGUGUAGUUUUAAUUCCAUGUACAGAAACAGCUGCAGCUCGUAGUAAUUUUUUUGAUUUACUUCAACAACCAAAUGCAAUUGUUACAUCAUGUAAUAAUAAAGCAAGUGUUUAUCGUCAACCUGGGUAUUGUUUUGUUGUUCUUGAUAGAAUUUAUAUCAAAUUAUUAUUAUUUGUUAUUUAUUUUUUUGUUUCUUUUUUUUGUCACUUGAUGAAGGUGUAUUUGUAG